AACCGGUGGUCUCGGAGUUAAGAUGGUGGAAUACGUUCUGGGUGGUUCAAGCCCAACCACGCCAAAAGAUUUAGAACCUAGAAUGGUUUCUCUUCGAUUGAACACAGAUGCAGAUAAAAAAGACAAAGAAAAGGGCUCAUCAAGUCCAUUUGAUGGUUCGAAGGACGACAAUUGUCCACAGGGUAAUGGGCUAGCAUCGCAGAAUGGUCUUGAUGACGAUAAAGGUUUCAAUCGCACACCGGGAAGUCGGCAACCAUCGCCAGGAGAAGAGGAAUUUCAAAAGAAUGCGGCCACUUUAGCUGUUAACGCUGGUGCCGGAGGUGUCGUACUCCUGAAACCUGGUGUUGAUGGUAAUGAUGAACAUUUUAUGGCAGCCUUCGCUCCCGCACCUCCUCACCAUUUACAACAUCAUCAAGCUCCACCAACUCAUCAUCUUCAACAUCCACACUCGCAACUCUUUGGAGCCCAGGGACCACCACCUCCACAAGGCCCUCCACCCUCCCAGCAACAGCAGCAGCAAGGUCCUCCUCAACCUCAAGAUACCACCACACAUUUCGAUGUACAGUUUUUCCAGGGGUGAGGAAAACUGCAGAAA